AGGAGUAUGCGUCGGAAGUGCAAAGCUGCGGCCGCGUUAAAUUAUGGUGCGUUGAAAGCGCUGAGUGUAUUUUUGUAGUUGGACCAUGGACUCCUGGUAUUUAGCCCUCUUGGGGCUAGCGGAGCACUUUCGCACCAUCAAACCGCCUGAUUACCGCCGUUGCAUCCAAUGUUUAAUGGCAGUGUUUCAUGCGAAGCCUCCGCCGAAAGUUGAGGCUCGGACGCAUUUACAGCUUGGAACAAUCCUGUACACUCAUACGAAGAACAUUGAUUUGGCUAAAACUCAUUUGGAACAAGCUUGGUUAUUAAGUCAGAAUCUCACUAGCUUCGACGAUGUCAAGUUUGAAGCUGCCAGUCUCUUGGCUGAAGUUACCGAGCACCUUCAUCAAGACGCCUUGGAUGCAGCUUCAAGUGCAGCAGCGUUGCCCGGAGCACCGGGAAGCAAUGAUGCUAAAGCUAUACUUCGCAAAGCGCUCGAAUUAUCUCAAGCAACUCAUGUGUAUUGGCACUGUCGAUUGCUCUUUCAACUUGCCCAAAUGCAUGCAAAGGAGAAAGACUAUGCUUCAGCCUUGGGCCUGCUUGGCGUUGGUAUUGAUUACUCCCAAGGUUCCUCAGCACAGUUCACCCGAAUACUUUUCACACUCUCAAAAGCCAUGCUUUUGCUCACAAGCGGGGGAAUGGUAGAAGCUGCCGAUGUACUCAAUCAAGGAGGUACUUUUCUCGAGGCUUUCACUGGAAGUUCGCAUCAAAAAGAGUACCUGAAGGUGUUCUUCCUUGUUCUCCAAGUCUGCCACUACUUGAUGGUUGGGCAAGUGAAGAGCGUGAAACCUGGCUUGAAACAAUUGCAACAAUCCGUCCAAACUAUCACGCAGCCCAAUUGGCCGAAUGACGAAGAUUUGGCAUCGGCAACUUGCAUAGCUGAUAAUUUCAUGUGGCUGCCGAAAGAGCACAUGUGUGUGCUGGUGUACCUGGUGACGAUCUCUCAUUCAAUGCAAGCCGGUUACAUGGAAAAAGCACAGAAGUACUCUGAGAAAGCCUUGGCGCAAGUUGAGAAAAUGAAAGGCGAGUCCGGUGACAAGCGUCCGUUGUUGCUGAAUUUUCAAAGGAUGAUCUUGGAGCACAUGGUUCUCUGCCAGCUAGUCAUGGGUCACAGAGGACUUGCUUUGAGGGAACUGAAUAACCUUUGCCACCUCCUUUACUUUCCGGACACGAAUUCAUCUGCUGACAAAGCCUUGAAAAAGUACCUGACCCAACUCCGCCGUAGUACCAGACCCCAAAUGCACGCCCUUCUCGGACUCUGCGCCAUGAGUCUCGACGAACUAGACAUUGCAGAACGUCAGUUCGCGACUGCCGUUCAAGGAUCAAAUGUCGCCCUAGCAACUAAACCAGAGUUGAUCGUCUUUGUUCAUCUGAACAUGGCCAUCAUCCGGCUCAUGAAAUCUCAAAUGCAGGGAAAUCCGCAGCAGAUCGUGAGCAACGAAGACGCGGAAAUCGUGGAACGUUUGGCAGACCCGGAAAGAAUUCCCCAGCAUAGUCACGGACUUCGCGCAGCGGGUCUUUACGUCCGUGGGUUGCACGCAUUUUUGGGCGGGCGAUUCAACGAGGCGAAAAGCUUUCUACGUGACACACUGAAGAUGGCGAAUGCUGAGGAUCUCAAUCGGCUUACCUCAAUAUCUCUCGUGUUGCUCGGGCACAUAUUUCUCGCAUUGAACAACAGCCGCGAAAGUUCAAACAUGGUGACACCUGCGAUGCAACUUGCCUCCAAGAUCCCCGACGCGACGAUUCAACUCUGGGCCGCGUCUAUUCAACGGAGAUUGUAUCGAGUUUGCGGGGAUACGAACCGGGAACAAGAGUGUCUCAACCUGGCCCAAGGGUUUUCUCAGGGAUUGUCAAGAGACCAAGAAGAAGCCAAGGUGCUGCCGGAACACGCGUUAUUGCUGUGGCUAGGAGACACCGACGCUGCAGUGAAACCACCGCCUUUUGUUCCUGCUGGGAAUGCUCAGGAGCCGCCUGGACAUCCCAGAGUCGCCCCGGGGCCAGCUUCUAAUCCGCACUUGAGCAUGCAUGUUGCUAUGGCUGCCUCGUCACCGUCGUCGUCAGCUUCAGCGUCCCCGUCUUCGUCGUCGUCGUCUGGGGUCAGGCACCAGAUGAUGCAUAAUCCGCAUUUGCUGGCCCAUCAUCAAACGCAUAUAUCUCAUCAGACCCAAAGUGUCGCUCAAGUGCAGCAGCUUCCCUUCAUUUACAAUCCCUACAACAUGCUCACCAACAACAUGGUCCUUGAUUUUGUGCCAAAAGAGCCUGGAGGAGCCGAAGAACAAUUUUUGUCUGUUGAAAUGUUGGAGCAUGCGAAGUGUCGUUUAAGAUGUUCUGGAAGAACACGAUUUAGUCUGUUGAUAAUGUUAUUUCACGCGAAAUGUGGUCGGAAUGUGAUAUUGUCUGAAGAUGGGAUAUCGGCGGAGAGACUGAACAACAAAGAAUUUAAUGAUGGGAUUGUGUUCAGCGAAUCACCGUUGAAAGUCGGUGUCCCGGUGAAUGUUCUGAUAACCGAAACCAGCGAGAGAUGGACCGGAGGCAUUAAAAUUGGUGUCGUUGGCACGAAUCCGUCGGCUUUGGAAAAUGUCCCUGUCGUUUAUCUUGAUAUCUGCGGUCCUUUAUGGUUGUUGGUGGGGGACUCUGUUUUGGAGAAGGGAAUGAUUGGUGGCACUUACGAUGGCCCGAAUCUCGACGACCUGGACAAAGGAGAUGUGAUAACGGUGAAAAGAACCAGUGAUAAUCGAUGUGAGGUGAAUGUACGGAAUUCCCAGACCCACCAGAUCGGUUCGGAUCUUCCACCAGAAGUCUUUCUAGUAGUGGAACUCUACGGACGCUGCACAGGAGUGCGUUUACUUGACUCCGUCUCGGCAGAGAACCGAAGAGAGGUUUUAGUGGAAGAGCCGACCAUUUCCCUCACCGGCUCCCCGAGAUUCCACCCGGCAUGUUGUGGCUUGAAUGUUAAAUUGUCUUCGGAUCGUCUGGCUGCGUGUAGACGAUCGUCUGAUGUCGAUUACGCCAACGGAGUGCUCUUCACUGAAUUUCCUUUGAAACCGGACGAGAUUUUCCGCGUGCGAGUCGAUGGACAAGUUGACAAGUGGACAGGGAAUGUGGAAAUCGGAGUGAGUCUUCGUGGACCGGAUGAGUUCGGAAGUGAUUUUCCGUUGCCAGUGACAAUGACGAGGCUGACUGAGGGCGGCGUAGUUAUGUUUUCGUCGCGUCAUGUGCAUUUUAAUGGGAGCGUUGUGAAGCAAGAUUACUCUUCUUGUGACUUGGAUGAGCUCCAAGUGGACGAUGAAAUCGGAGUGUCGGUCAAAUCAAACGGAGCUGUUCAUUUCUACGUGGAUGGAGUUGAUCAGGGAUGUGCCUUCAAUUUCCAGCGCGCGGAAAAGGUCUGGGGUGUGGUGGAUAUGUUCGGAAAAACGAAUGCUGUUAAAAUUAUGCCAGCGUCGUCUGAAAUUUCUGGAAGCAACAACUGUGCGGAGGUUUGGGAUUCCAGCUCCAGUGAAGAUGACUCAGAAGAUACUGAAAAGCUUUCCGAUUCCGCUUGGGACGAGUACGUUGACAGUCCUCGUCCCGGACUCUUGCUGAAUCAUCAGUUGCAUGGUAAAAACGCCGCUGUGUGUUGCAACGGGAAAUCUGCAUUUCGGAUGCGGGCUGAAGCAACGUACAAUGAAGCUGUAGUUGUUUCUCAGCGACCUUUGCGUUCCGGAGUCACAGAAAGGAUUCGAAUCAACCGACUCGUGCCGCGUUGGGAGGGAUCCCUUGAAAUUGGGGUAAUUGGCGUGAAUCCUUCUACAAUUGCUCACUGUGGUCGCUUGCGUUCAUUACCAGAAAUUAAGGGCUGUGAAAUCUGGACUUGGUCAGGUGCUUCAGUUUUCAAGAAUCGUGAAGUGCAACCAUCCCGCUUUUCAUUCGAUCUGGAUAAUAUUUGCGAGGCAGCGACGAUAGGGAUAAAAUAUGAAGCACCUGGCUCAAUUCGAUUCUUCGUCGGGAAUGUGGACGUUGGCAUUGCGUUCACCGAUUUGCCUCAAGAAGUGUGGUUGAUCGCGGAUUUGUACGGAAAAUGUGCCGCGAUUUCGAUAGUCACCGGAGAUUACAUGGAUGCCGAAGAAUGCAAUCAGCUCUUUCAGCGAUUUCUGGGAUUAAAUGAUGACGGGUGCUGUGAUUCUGAUGAACCUUUUCGCGAAGUCCGACUUGAAGCUCGGAAAAAUAGUAACGUGUGCCUCACGCACAAUAAUACCCUGGCCACCCGGCAUCGUUCUUUCACUCGUGGCGUCGUGUUGGCCGAAAAACCGCUAACAUUGCUGGACCCAUCUUUUGGGUUCAUGAUCACAAAAGUGGAAAAUUCGUGGCCAGGAUCUUUUACGAUCGGAGUGAUCCCCAAACGUUUCAUCCCCGACUGCGAAUGGAAUGCAGGGGGCAAUAUACUCUUGCAGUCCUUGACAAAUCCAGAUGGAUUUGGUGUGCAACAUAACAAGUACGACGAGCGAUGCUUGGUUGCCCAAGUGUCUGAGCCGUACAUGUCAUCGGUUAAACCUGGCUGUACUGUGGAAUUACGACUGGAUUUCCUCGGCAUUUCCGUGUUCAUCGACGAUGUUAUGCUGGGUUUGAUGUUCUCACUCCGGGGAUAUACUACUGGAGAUUGGGUACCUUUCGUGGAUUUACAUGGCUCUGUCGUUCAAGUGAAGACAUUCGGCAGUAUUAAAGAGAAGGAACGUCUUUUGCGCCAAUGUCCGUUUCCUGUGCCUGUUGAACCAGCAAAACCCUUGGAAAGUCAUCCUGCGGGAGAAAUACGGUUAAUCCCGAUGCAAUGUAUAACCAUGGAUGUCCAGGGGAUGUUGAAUAUGGAGAUGGAUUUUGAAGACGCGCCUAGAAUUGUAUUGUCGGAAAAUGGAACAAAGGCACUCCGGAUUGACGGAAUCGGACCAGCAUGGGUUGCAUUAAGUCAACCCAUAAUACCCGAUCUACCCAUAAGAAUUCGAAUCGACUCUGUGGACGAGUCCUUGAAAUCCUCAUUAGUCGUGGGAUUUAUUUGGGGAACAUCUAUGGAAUUCCCACAACCUGUUGGAUCCGUAUUAAACAGAGGAAGCAAUCUUAUGGUUGCAAGGAACUCAAUUUUUAUGAAAAAAUCAGAUAAUUCAAAUUAUACCGCCGCACCCUUGGCUGAAAGCCUCGAGGAGCUGAAGUCCAGCGAUGUUUUGGAGGUGCUAUUUGAGGACGAAGAUCAGCUCUACGUUUAUUUGAAUCGUUCAAAAUUACUUGGCUCAAGUCCGAUCAGAAGCGAUAAUUGCGAUAAUUCGUGUUCUCUUCGGAGAAAGCCUUUGUGGAUGUUCAUCAAUCUCUACGGAAGAGUUCGUGGAGUAACCGUCGGAACUGUGAAAGAUAGUCAUCUGCUAAACGGACCGCAAUCGGAAUGUGUUCAGUGA